AUGUACACCGUCCCCGAGUCCCAGUCCCGCUGUUCCAUUGAACGCUUGAGCGGAACCCUGCGAUAUUUCUUGACUCCUUCCCAGACAACUGCCGAGAGGCUGCUGCGCAAUCUCCCCCCGCCUUCUGCGUGUCACGCCUCAUCCUCCGCCGUCGCACUGGCCGCUGCAGUUUCGGAAAGCGGAGUGUGCUCGGCUGAACACGCACAGCCCUGCCGUGCGACGCAGAUUUCUCCCCGUGACGGUUCCGGGAGCAGCGGGCCCUCGCCUUCCCCUCAGAAGCGAAAGUGCGGCGCGUGCGGCUGCGAUGUCUGGCAGUGGCUUCGGGAAGAGUGUGUGCUGGUCGCGCCCCGGGUUCCCAGCUACAUCUCUCCCGCCGAGUUCUGCGAUUUCCUCGCGCCGUACAACCGCCGCUUGCUCCAAGCGAAAGUUCUUCACGGCCCAACUACGGCGGAGUAUCUCGUUCUACUGCACUGCAAUCGGCUGACGGCUGUUGAGGCGAUUGCUACAUUCAACGGCGUUCCUCUUUUAGAUGGAGACUCCGCCGUGUGUGAACUGCGGAUCGUCAAGGAGGUUGUUUUCGCCCCGGCCUCUCCACUGUCGGAGAAGAAAGUAAGCACGGCUGCAACGAACGGCACUGCUGUCCCCCCGCGUGCUCACCACGCCGGCAUAUCGACGUCUGGGAAGGUACGCAGCAAAUUGCCGGAACCGAGUACGCUGCCACUGCGUUCGCCACGUCAACAGUUCUCGGCCUCUGGAGAAGACAGCGACAAACGACGGUCUUCUCUCCACCUCUCCGAGCGAGAACCGUCCAGUCUGUCGGCACCCGGUGAAGGCAGCGGAGAACAGAGCGCUCGGCGACGCGCGUCGUGUCGGAGUGUCCAAGCAGCCAGUGACGUCGCCGCUGAAGGAGCGGCUUCGGCUGCUGCCGAAAGAGACUGGAGUUCCUUUUGUUUUCGAUCUGCAAACGGCACACCGCUUCACCCUGCGGAAUGGGGAGAAGCUGGCGAGCCGGGGGACAGCGUCGGCAUCGUAGGAAGUGAGCCGUCUGUGAAAGAGAAUGAACCGAUUCGAGCGCGGAGUUUGCGGACCCGGAAGCCGUGCGGAGGUUUGCAGUUUUUUCUCCAGCGAACGCAAGAGGACACACAGCAAGAAUUUUGUGCCGUCUGCCUCGAACGCGUCCAGAUUCCCCCGGCUCCGUAUACGCCCACGGUGCCGGCUGCGCUCGGAGCUCCUUCGAACCCGCUGCCGUCUCUCCCCGCCAGAGAAGCAGACGAUGAAUCGCAUGGGCCACACGGCGCGUUUCUCUCUUCCGGCCCCUCAGCAGCGCAGGCUUCCGGCCCCGCUUUCCUGUCAGCUGUCUGUACAGCUGGCGGAGGCGUGGGCCAGAACGCAGGCGGGGUGGCCGCUGCGGUGUCGGACGGCGUCGUGCCUCCAGGGGAGUGCGCGCUGUCGGGCGUUUUCGAGAAGGGAGGCGGGGCUCAAGGAGGCGCAGCGCCCCCAGGCGUCGCCGUCACCGUUCUCUGCGGCCACUCUUUCCACUCUAGCUGUCUGAGGAAAUGGAGCGAUCCGUCGUGUCCCGUGUGCCGCUAUCAGCAACACCCUUACCAGCCGUGGUGUUGCUUCGUUUGCGGAAGCGCGGAGGGCGUCCGCGCGUGUCUCCUCUGUGGCUUCAUCGGCUGCGGAGACACGGCGGCACCCUCCGGCGAGCAGACUUCAGACGCCGCUGCCUCGGCGCCGCUCGCGCACGUCCCCGCGAACUUUGUGCCCGUCAAGGACCGGUCGGAGGAACGGGCUAGCCGAGAAGAUGGAAGCCCCGCGUUGCAGGAAGUCCGUGGAAGGAAAGAAGGGAGAGAGCCUGACGCAGGAGACGAGAAAACCAGGGAAGGGAGACGCGUUUCGCGUUCAAGAGAAAUCGAUCGAGCAGGAAAAAAGGCCGAACGGCCGCUUGGCGAAGACCGACAGCCGGCAUCUGAGGGUUCCGCGGCGCACCCCGGACGCGAUGAGAAGAGAAGGCGAGAAGAAUUCACAGACCCAGAAAAGACCCACGAGGAAAGGAACCCUGGUGGCGCCAGAGGGGAAAACUUUCCAGAUGGCGAGGGGAGAAAGACGGAAGAGCUCCAGGUCCAGGGACGGCAAACAUGCUUCACACCGGGACACUCUCGGCGGCAUUUCGAAGAAACUUCACACCCUCACGCUCUCGAGCUGGGCACGGACUGCGUCUGGGAUUUUGUCAGCGAGGGCUACGUCCACCUCGUCGUGCAGAAGCGUUGCCAAGCAAAGGCUGCGCGACUCAAGAAGGCCGAGGCCGGGACAGCCGACAGGUGCGGCAGCUUCGGAGACAGUGCAUGUGCCGAGUUUGUUUGUGCGACGUGCGUGGAGCGCGCGCGGGAGGCCGAACCCGGUCCUGGGCACGAGAGCCGGCCAGGCGGAGACGCCACGAACGCGAAGGAAGCGCUCGCGGGGAGCGAAGACACUCAGUUUGCGUCACUCGGCGUGCCUGAAGAAGGACUGACAAAGUGCUGCUGCGUCUGUGGCAGCGCCGUCAGCGAGGCGACGGCAGGGGAGGAGCCGAAAGCAGCGACAGAGGACGCGUCGCCUUUGCUCGCGGACGGACGAACAGGCACCGACGACAGCUGUCCCCUCUCCGACGGACUGCCUGAAUCGCGUUCGGCGUCUCUCGAUGCCUCGGUCAAGAGAGAACACCCGGGAGGCCUGGGCCCCAGUGACGGCGCACCCUGCACGAGCUGGAAGAAAGUCAGCGGCUGGGUGGUGGAGUUCAACCAGAUGCUCGCCGCUUCGCUCGAUAGCCAACGCGACUACUACGAAGACCGCCUUCAUCGGAUGGCGGAAAUGUAUGCCCAGCCGCUAGCGGAGUGCCAGGAGACUGUCAUGACUGCCCAGCAGACGGUUGCUGACCUGGAGGCACAGGUGACCAAGGAGGAAGUCGCGCUGGCUGCACGACCGCCUUGCGUCUCAGCAUGCGGUGCUCCAGCAGGUGCACGCGCGUCUUCAGCAACGUGCGAGCGAGGUUCGAGAGAAGGAAGAAGAAGAAAGGUGAGAGCGUUUUCCCUCCAGAGCCGUUGCCCCUCAGGUCUGCCUCUCGUCUCCUCUGUUGCUGCAUCGAGAGUCCUGUUUCCCGCACCCUGGCAUCUGAGUAGUAGAGGGGAGCCUUGGCGCGCGUUGCCGUUUGGGUCUCGGUGGGCUGUGUCUGUUAGGAGAAGGUUGGCGGGGAGAAUUCAAGCGCGUCUUGCAGAAAUUGAGGAGUUAAAGCAGCAGAUACGCGAUGUCUCUUUCCACGUCCAGGCGUCGGCGAGCCUGUCAGCUGUCCCUGAGGCCAAGGCAAGACUCUUACGUGCUGCUCGGACAGCGGGAGGAGACAACCACUUCGCGAGGAAGUCGCGGCCACGCAAACAGAGAAGCUGGCGGCGGUCCAGGCGGAGAGACAGGCGGCUCAGGCGCGCGGCGGGAGAGGCGACGAGGGGGAGGUGCACAAGGGACACAGAGGUGAGCCGCCUGUGCCCGUCUGCUCCGAUCGCGGGCGCCUCGAUGCAGAGACGGAGUCCGAUAUCUCUGGCUGUGGGCGUGGAGACGCAGCCAAGCUUGUCAAACGUGCAAAGUGGGGACGUGUGUCCCUUGCGCAGCUGUGCACGGAUUUCUGUAUUUCAUAUCCAAACGUAUCUCGUCCAGGAUUUUCAAGGCGAGAGUGCUUGCAUGUUUUGCAUUUCGCGCUGA